CACAACCACCACCACCACUCCCAUCCGCGCCCAUUGCCCCCGACGCCAUUAUACACCUCGCUGCCUCUCUGUCCCCGGACGACUCUGCUUCGCUGCUCUUGUGGCACCUCUGUUGACGGCUGACAUCGAGCGCCCCGCCCAUCACCAAGCGAGCGGUGAAAACAUCAACGCCUUGCCUUUCCGCCUCAGCACCUUCGAACUUCCACCAUCCGUCCGCCCAACAACACCAUCGCGACGCGCCCGCACCUCACAGCCACAGUGCACCGCCCCGCAGUCACAAGUGCUCUACUCCUGCGCUCCGUCAGCAGAACACGCGAACCCGCAGGCCUUGCAGCAGCGUCAUCGUCGCGCCGUCCGGGCCAUCCACACGGCUUCUUAGAGGUGAAGAAACCACCUGCACGCGCUCGCCGGCAUCACAGGAUAUUGGAAGCCGUCUCCAGAGCAGAGUAGAGACCCUGCUGUUCCCGAGCCUUUGCGCUCAUCAUCUCACUUUCGUUCUCUUUGCCACUUGCGCCUUCCUGCCGAGCUUCGAAUACGACUGGCUGAGAGCAGGCUCCGCCUCAACGUUAUCCGCUCCUCUCACACCAACUGCCCACAAUGGCAGAUCAAAACGACGUGGACUUGGACUCCAUCAUCGACCGACUUCUGGAAGUGCGUGGUAGCCGUCCGGGCAAGCAGGUGCAGCUGUUGGAAACCGAAAUCAGAUAUUUGUGCACCAAAGCCCGUGAGAUUUUCAUCUCGCAACCUAUACUGCUCGAGCUGGAAGCGCCCAUAAAGAUUUGCGGUGACAUCCACGGACAAUACUACGAUCUGCUGCGCCUGUUCGAGUACGGCGGCUUCCCCCCAGAGGCCAAUUACCUCUUCCUCGGCGAUUACGUCGAUCGUGGCAAGCAGUCCCUCGAGACCAUCUGCCUGCUCCUCGCAUACAAGAUCAAGUACCCGGAGAACUUUUUCAUCCUGCGCGGCAACCACGAGUGCGCGUCCAUCAACCGCAUCUAUGGCUUCUACGAUGAGUGCAAGAGGCGCUACAACAUCAAGCUGUGGAAGACAUUUACGGAUUGCUUCAAUUGCUUGCCAAUUGCAGCCAUUAUUGACGAGAAAAUCUUCACCAUGCAUGGUGGCCUGAGUCCUGACCUCAACUCGAUGGAGCAGAUUCGCCGGGUCAUGCGUCCAACAGAUAUUCCGGAUUGCGGUCUGCUAUGCGAUCUGCUGUGGUCUGAUCCCGACAAGGACAUCACUGGUUGGUCGGAGAACGAUCGUGGCGUGUCAUUCACCUUCGGACCGGAUGUCGUGUCUCGCUUCUUGCAAAAACACGACAUGGAUCUCAUAUGCCGCGCACAUCAGGUCGUUGAGGAUGGCUACGAAUUCUUUUCGAAGCGCCAGCUGGUGACGCUAUUCUCUGCGCCCAACUACUGUGGCGAGUUCGACAAUGCAGGCGCCAUGAUGAGUGUGGACGAGUCCCUGCUGUGCUCGUUCCAGAUUUUGAAGCCUGCGGAGAAGAAGCAAAACAGGUUUGGCAGACGAUAAGCAAAUCGCCCACGGACGACUUCGGUCCAAGAAUUAGGUGAAUCCGGCUUGCCCAAUAUGCCGAGUCCGGAGAGUUGCUUGCGGGAAUGAAUGGCGACAGCGUGCACGGCAUUACUGAACGAGGCGGAAACACUUUUCACCAGACUAAAGGAGAGGGCAGGAUAAGUUGACAGGCUUCGUACAGAGGCGAUGGGGAGUGGUGAAGUGUACGAUUUGUAUGGGUUAAGAAUGGCCUCGGUGACCGUGGCCAAGUGGAUGAGCCAGGUAUGCCCCGUUCUUGUACGCACUCUGGGAGGAAGUAGCGCAGACAGCACCAGGAUUUCCUGCAAACCGUAUCGAUCAUUCUGGUGUUUUGUCUUUUACGUUUUCUGUGAUUGCGCUCCUCUUAGUCUGAAAUAUCUGGGCUCUAUUCAGACGUACGUACAUGUACCUUUGGAGAUGAAUCCACGGAUGCGAUUUUAAGACCUAGGUAGCUACAGCAGUUGCUGAGCUGAUGUUGAUAAUCUGCUGCCACGCACCCC